AUGACACGACCACUUCGAAUUGCCGUCCUGGAAUGCGACACUCCAAUCGCACCCGUCCAGGAAAAGUUCGGCAACUAUGGAGACAUCUUCGAGAAACUUCUAAAGAACGCCGCUGGCUCUGUCGAUGUCGAAAUUAGCAAAUGGCAUGUUGUGGGGAAUCCCAUAUAUCCUAAUCCAAAUGAAGUUGAUGCCUUCUUGCUAUCUGGAAGCAAGCAUGAUGCCUUCGCUGAUGAUGGGUGGAUCCUGACAUUAACGGAGUACGUUAAGGAUGUGGUGCAGGCUCAUAAGAAGCCUGUUGUGGGCGUUUGUUUCGGACACCAAAUUCUUGCGCGGGCGCUAGGUGCUCGUGUCGGUCGUGGUGAUGGGUGGGAAGUCUCUGUUGAUGAGCUUACUCUUACUGAGACAGGGAAGGAAGUUUUCGGAAAAGAUAAAUUGUACCUGCAUCAAAUGCACCGCGAUAUUGUCUUUGAGAUACCGGAAGGCUGUGUCAAUCUUGGAUAUAGCGAUCCGUGUUCUGUUCAGGGUUUAUACAUGCCUAAGCGACUUAUCAGUAUUCAGGCUCAUCCGGAAUUCAACGAAUAUAUCAUGACUCAUCUGUUGGAUGCACGACAUGGCAGUGGUCUCUUCAAUGAUGAGCUUUACAAGAGUGGAAGUUCAAGAGCUGGGAAAGAACAUGACGGUGAACUACUUGCGCGCAGAUUUAUUCAGUUUAUCGUUGAGUCGGUGGCAUAA